GAUGAUGAGGAGGAGUCUGUUUCUCACACUAGCGCGAAAUUUUGAAGAUGUCGUGAAAAAUUAAGAAAUGAAAUGGCUGAAAAACACUCCAAGUCUAAACUUAAACGAAAUAAAUCGUCUGUCAAAGACCUCCAGCCGGCCAUUAGUUCCCUGAAGAGGAGCCACACGGCGUCGGUUAACACCGGGACCACAGCGGAGACGGGGAGGUCAGUGUGGUGGAGCAGCGAGCAGCUUCCUCCUGAGCAGAGCCUGUGGGCGACGGUGCUGCAGUCUGCUCUGCCGUACUUGGAGACUCGGCACCUGGUUCCUGAUCUCCCCCAUCCAUCUGCAGCGAAACCCACAGCGUUAAAGUUCAACGAACAGCAGUGGUGUGACCUCAGCGAAGAGGUGGCUCCCUUCCCUGAACCCUCUCCACCUUCUCCACGGACUUCACGGGGUCCCGAUCCUGUCAGUCCAGGCUCCUCCCAGCAGGAGCUCUGGGUGAACACCAAAUCUGGACCGGACCCGCCCGCAAGACCGCCGGCGUCUCACAGCAGGCGCAGUCACGACGGCGAGACGGCACCCCUCCAAGACCUCACCAAGAGAGCACGGCCGUCCCUCCACAGCUGGGAGGGGCCCCCGUCAUUGGCCGGACCCUCAGGUGUAGGGGGACACAAGGGGAGGGCGGGAGGAGGGCAAGAGGAAGAGACUGGACCGGUCAACAGUCGGCUUCUCACAGACCAGGUGUUGAAGUCUGACAGACGAGUUUCUCUUCAGAGGGAGGACGAGGAAGAAGAAGAGGAGGAGGUGCACACAAGUGUCCGAGGAGAUGAAGGAGCAGCAGCAGGAGGAGGAGGAAGAGGAGGAGGGCUGCAGAGCUGCCCCAUGUGCCUGAUGGUGUUCCCUGUCGGGUUCACCCAAACGGACUGUGACGGCCACCUGGCCCAGUGUCUGUCAGAGGUGAAUGUGGACAUGACCUGGUGAGACGACAGGAGAAGACACGCACACACACACACAGGAUCAUAUUCUGGGUUUGUAUGAUGUAAAUGUAAUGUGAUUAAUAGCAGCCAUGCUGUUGUUUUCAGUUGUGAGUGAACUCUAUUGAUGCUAAACUGCCUGGAGCUCAGCAAUAAAGAAUAUUUUGG